AUGUCUACAGGCAGCCAGCACAUGAAGACAAUACAUAUUCCCAAAUCUAUGAUGUCUGCACCCUUCUUACAGCAUCCAGCCCUUACAGCUGGACAGAGACGCUACCUGUGCAGUAUUGCAAACGUUUACAGUACAGAGCACAUGAGGCAGCAGAUGAAGCAGCACUAUUUCAAUGUGCUGCACACAUGUGUUCAGUCAGGUCAGAAUCCCACGUGCAGAAGGAGGUAUAGGAUUCAUCAGCACAGAGAAAAUAGUACGUUCACAAAGGAUGCAGAGAAGAAUGUGGCAAGAUCAAACCCUCAAGGGCAGAGGAAACGCAGCAGCACAGCUAAUUCUGAUAUCAUACUUCCAAAAAUAGUCAACAGAUGACAGACUUGUUUGCAGAUGGUUUUACGAUUUUGAAGGCAUUAAUUACCUCAUAGUUAGUCUCUGUGUUGAUCUUUGCAUCAACACCUGUUGUGUUAUUGCACAUAUUUUCAAAUAUGACUUUAAAUGUUCUCAACCAAGAAUUGUGUGUUGUCAUAGUUUUAUGCAGACCUACACAUAUUAUAGGCACCACUGCAUUUGGUGCUGUAGUACACCUCAUAUUUAUAUUUUAUCUGAAUAUCAAGUUGUAGUAGUUGUCAUAAUAUGUACUUGCAUGUAUUCUUAGAGUAAUAUUUACUCACAAAAUGACGA